AGGCACAGCUCCUCCCGCCCCGUGCGAGAGGACAAGGGCGGGCCCUUCCUUGGUUUGCGGGAGCUCCGCCCCGGCCGGGGGCCGUCCUCUGUGCCGGGCGUGGAGGAGCUGCUGGAUGUGUCGCUAAACUGGACAGACCCUCUUCUCCGCCCAGGUCCAUGCAGCCGGGAGCCGUGUUCCGCUCGGCUGAAUCCUAGCCGCUGCCUCCUCCUCGCUGAUCUUGAUUCGGUCCCUCGCCUUGUGCUCCAAGCGGCUCCAUCACCUGCACCCCAGAUGGCUUCUGUAACAGAUGCCAGAUAUGGACACAAGGAUGCUUCUGACCAGAACUUUGAUUAUAUGUUCAAACUCCUGAUUAUUGGCAAUAGCAGCGUGGGCAAGACUUCCUUCCUCUUUAGAUAUGCUGAUGACACUUUCACACCAGCCUUUGUCAGUACAGUGGGAAUUGACUUCAAAGUGAAAACUGUCUACAGGAAUGACAAGAGGGUAAAACUGCAGAUUUGGGACACUGCUGGACAAGAAAGAUACAGGACCAUUACCACUGCUUAUUAUCGAGGAGCAAUGGGAUUCAUCCUUAUGUAUGAUAUUACUUGUGAAGAGUCCUUCAAUGCUGUUCAGGACUGGGCCACUCAAAUAAAGACGUACUCCUGGGAUAAUGCCCAAGUCAUCCUGGUUGGAAACAAGUGUGAUAUGGAGGAUGAAAGAAUCAUUCCUUUUGAAAAAGGAAAACAUCUGGCUGAUCAGUUGGGGUUUGAUUAUUUUGAAGCUAGUGCCAAGGAGAACAUCAACGUGAAGCAGGUAUUUGAGCGCCUUGUAGACAUCAUCUGUGAGAAGAUGUCAGACAGCAUGGAUUCAGAAGCUUCUAGAACUACUGCUGGGAAGAAUGUGCGCCUGACAUAUAAUCCACCUCCUUUGCAGCAGAACUGUUCCUGUUAGUGCCUCAGAAUAGUUAAGAAAGCUGUUACUGGGUAGGAGACAGUUUAUUAUUCUACAGUAUUUAAAAAGAUAAGUUCAGUGCUGGUGUAGCUAAAUAUUUGUUCAAUGUUCCCAAAGGUCUGUUUAUGUUUUCUUUGUUGAAUAAUAGAAGAACUGUAAGUAAAACUAUUGUUGCAAUUAAAAGUUGUGCUAUAGUUUAAGUAUUUUAUAUAGUCUCAAAUUUCUGAAUGCUUUUCAUGUUGUUAUACUUUUACUGCCUAGCCAGGUAAUCCUUACAUGUCAGGAUCGAUUAACCAGAACUAACAGUUAAGAGCUAAUUUUUGAUAAGAUGGUCAUGCCAUACACAUUUGCUCCUAAAUUAGGUUUGCACCUCCAGAACGAAGGGUAAGAGCAACAUUUCCAAAUCCAUGGGGGCAGGGGGAAACAAUAUUGUUUGUGUAAACUUCUGUUGUCUUUUUGCCCAUUUAAGAACUUGUAUAGCUAACACACCUGAGUGUAAUUUAAAAAACAGUGCUCUUUAUUGAGGCAAAGCUCCAUGCUUGAUCACCCUCAUACAAAUAAAUCCGUGCCACCCAAAUUACCAUGUGCCAAAAAUAACGGGUGGCAGGGUAAAGGUGCACAUUACCAGAGUGCCUGCAAGACAGUCAAGGGCAACUAAAGUCAGGAUCAGUAGAAUGGAACAUUUUCCCUAUGAAGCAGAGGCACACAACUCAAAUAACUGAUGGCCUAUGUUCCUGGCCGCUGUGGAAAGAGCUUAUUCAGGAAAGCUAAAUCAGAUGGGUGUCUAGUCGCUUCAGCUAUCCAGGCUUCCCCAACCUGCGGCCCUCCAGAUGUUGCUGAAUUACAACUCCCAGCAUACCCUAGCCACAUUGUGGCUGGGUAUGCUGGGAGUUGUAGUUCAGCAACAUCUGGAGGGUCACAGGUUGGGGAGGCCUGAUUAUACCACUGGGGAUAGAUCAAUCCAAAGAUAACCAGGUAUAAAUAGCUGCCGCCACCUAUUGAGAACUCAAGUUGGCAGAGAUAUCUAAAACAAAGCCGCUGACAACAGCAUUGGCUAGCCUUGGAAGUGGCAGGGUAGUAAGGGUGUCUGAAUCACCUUCGGAUGUCUGUGGAAUGCCUUUUGGAUCCCAGUCAUGAUUACAAUUUGCCCAUAAGGCCACUGAAGUUUACAUAUAAGUUACUUUUCCACAGCUGUUUAUCUGAAGUAUUAUUGGCAAUACAGCUGUUCUCAAAAUUUAUACAAAAAUUAAAUACCACACUUGUGGAAGCAACAUUAACUCUCAAUAAAAGGUUUUGACAUACCAGUUUAACUGAAAAAGGUGGAGUGACUACUGAGUAGCCAUUGUUUAGUCAAGAAUCAAAUGUAGACUUCUAAAAAGAGCACAUAUUCCCAACUUUCUUACCAAUAUCCCUUCCCUUCAUUAAGGAAAGUUGAGCUCAGGAGCCAAAUCCUUGAAAUGUGGAGGAUGGGGCAUUUGAAGACUGCCUUUGGCAUGCUACUGUUUAGAACACCACACAGGAACUGUCCCUUUGACUCAGUAGCUAUAUUAAGUGCUAUAGUAAAUUACAAUGCUUUCGGUAGAGAAUUUGAGUUCUUGUCUUCAUUAUAAAUGAGGAAGUUCUAGUUUAUUUAUGUUCUAGUAUUUAGAAGGCAUUGUGUAGUGCCUGAAGCAUACAUGUUGUUCCUAAUUACAAGAUGACAGAAUAAAAAUCUGUUUAGUCACUAUG